AUGGAGAGAGACGAAGCGCGGGAGUACCUUGAGAGCUUGGUGGACAAGGUCCUCCGUGUACACACCUCGGACUCGCGAGUGUUCGUAGGUUUGUUCAAAUGCACAGAUAACGAACGAAAUAUGAUACUGAGCACCACGCAUGAGUAUCGCUGCCCAACUGAGCCAGCUCUUGCUGAGCAAGUCUCUUCAGAAGAGACAGAGGGCCCUAAGGGAGCCAGCAACGAACCACUUGAUCUCACGGCUGACAUGUCCCGGCGGUUCAUUGGACUGGUUGUGAUCCCGGGCCAGCACAUCACAAAGAUCGAGCUUGAUCAAUCUACAAGAGGUGCACAAAGUGGCUGA